AUGUCCCCAGACGACUACCUCCAAGAGCCCACGGCGGUGCUCGACAGCAGCAAGCCUGCGUCGUCGGCUGGCCGGAAGAAGAAGAUCAUGAUGGCCGUCGGCGGUGUCGUUGUCCUCGCCGUCGCUGCGACCGUGAUUGCCGUUGUCGCCACCAAGAAGAGCGACGCGUCGACAUCGACGAGCGGCGACAAGGCGACGCCCAAGUCGACGCCGGUCGCAACGUCUGGCGACACGUCCAUCGACACGUCCUUGGUCAUGCCCAAGAACGAGACGGUCGACAUGAAAAAGUUCAACCCGACGACCGACCCGGAAUCGAUGACGCCGGCGCUCACGAUGCUGGCCAUUGGCGAUUGGGGCAGCUCGCCCGGCAAGGUCAGCGGCUCGGACGAGAACCCGGGCAGCUGCUGCAUCGUAUACGGCAAGAAGACCAACCCGAGCGAAAACCGGUACAAGGUCGACUUUUGGUCGCAGAACCACGUGGCGGCCAUGAUGGCCAUGUCGGCCAAGGAGCUCAAGCCCGUGCGCGUCAUUGGCCACGGCGAUAACUUUUACUGGGACGGUCUCGGCGGUUCCGACAAGGCGUCGCGCUUUGCUAACACGUUCGAAGGUGUCUACAAUGACCCGGCGCUGAAAGGCGUCAAGUGGGUCAACGUCCUCGGCAACCACGACAUCGGUGGCGCCGCGUACCUCUGCGGCGCCGAGACGGCCGAGUUCAUCAAGUGCAAGAGUGCUGACGAGCUCGUCAAGAACCUCAAGCUCCGCGCACAGUACCAGAUGGAGUACAAGUCGCCGGACAACGACCGGUGGCUGCUCAAGGACUUUUACUACGUCGAGUCGGCGACGGCUGGUGGCGUGACCGUCGACAUCUUCAACAUUGACACCAACUACGCCGACAACCACGGCGCCAUGCAGGUGUGCUGCCAGUGCUUUGGCUACGGCAACGACAUUCCCGACUUUCCGCACUCCAAGUGCGAAGACGCGCAGCCUGGCCGACCCGAGUGCGCAGGUGGCGACGUCGGCAUGUACAACGCGUGCAUGGACACGAUCAACGGCUGGGGCAAGGACUCGCUCACGCAGCUUGACCGCGACCUCAAGGCGUCCAAGGCCAACUUCAAGAUCAUCAACACGCACUACUCGCCGCAGCACCACAUGAGCCCGGACAAGCAAAAGGUCAUCUUCCACAUCGCCAAGGACAACAACGUGCAGCUCUUCAUGAACGGCCACACACACGCCUUCUCGCACGACACGACUGCGUGGGGCACGCAUUUCAUUGAGAACGGCGGCGGCGGCGGCAUCUACACCAAGUCGGGUAACGCGCUCUCGAACGACUACGUCAAGAACGUCUGGGUCGCGGGUGGCAACCCGUACGGCUUUUUUGAGCUGAGCUUCUCCAAGGACUGGCUCAAAACGCAGUUCGUCACGUUCGACAAGAGCUGGAGCUUUGCCGGCAACAGUCUCGAAGGCACCAAGAAGGGCGGCAUUGCGCGCGGUCAUUGCUGGUACAUUCCCAGCGCCGAGUACACGGCCAAGGGCGCACCUGGUAUCGAGUGCAAGAGCUCGAUCAACACGCCGCUCGGUGCACCCCUGGGCUAAGACGACAAUCAGUUUUGCGCGACACUAUACUAUAAACACAUUCAUGUCGAUACACCGAUACUUUGAU